AUGGGUCAAUAUCUCUCGCACAAACCACUUUAUUCAUUCCUUUACCGAUAUAACUCGGUGUUUGAGACCACUUCCCAUCAUCCUCUCGAUAGUGAUAAAUAUCAACAUUCUUACAUCUACCCAUUAUUUCUGUCUGAUGUCUUGUUUGAAAUAUUUUCUCAUCUUGAUAACUACACUGUCUAUUUCCGAUGUGCCAAUGUUUGUAAGACAUGGAGAUAUUGUGCUUGGUAUUUAUUGAACGAUUUUAAAUUUCGCUACGAUGAAAAUUUAGAGUUUUUAAUAUCAGGAAAGGACGUGGAUCUACAACAGUCUACUCCAGGACCCAAAGGACAAAAAAACAUGUACUCUCAAAUCGUGAGGUCGAACAAGUUAUACGAAGCUAGAAAUCAAAUGCUAGAAAAAUUACUCGAUCAUGUCGUUUGCAAUGCCAAAUAUUUGAAAAAGUUUCAAGUAUUGGACGCUCAACAACAUGACGCUUUUAACAAAAUGAUUACCAAUGCAAGAAUUGAACAUUUGACCAACUCUUGUUCGGAUUUAUUGGAUACCAUUGACCUUACUGCAUGUAAUUACUUGAAAGAGAACGCAUUUCUGAAUAUUUCAAAAAAGUGUGGCCCAAAUUUAGUCUAUCUCAAAUUACGAUAUAGUACAAGUAUUCAUGACGUGUUAUGUGAACGAUAUAUUUCAAAAAUGAAAAAAUUGAAAUAUUUGAAUUUGUCGAAAUGUCCAUAUGUUGGAUUGUAUGGAUUGCUUCAUAUUUCUACAGGCUGCACGUCUUUGGAAGCGUUGGAUGUCUCUGGUUGCUUGGCUAUUCCUAACUUUUCAUUUCUAAAUAAUUUCUCAAAUUUGAAAGAGCUUUACAUUCAGGAUACCUUGUUCUCUUCGAAUGACGUUCAAUAUAUUCCUUCCACAUUGGAAAAACUUAAUAUACGGCGAUCAGAUAAUUUGAAACAGCUAGAUCUUUCUAAAAUUGCUCAUUUAAAAGAAAUUGACAUUUCUUAUUGCUCUCCAUUGCUUAAUAUUAAUGAUGACAACAACAUUCAAAUAGUUACAACAAAAUGGGAGAAAUUAUCUGCAGUCAGCAAUGAGUGGACUGAAAAACUGGUUUCAAUAUCUCCAAAUUUGAAAGAACUUGAAAUCGGUUUUCUUAAAUUUGAAACCAAAGAGCAGGAAUUAAGAUUUUUCAAUUCUAUUGAGCAUAUCCAAACAAAGGUUGUGCAAUAG